AUGUUCGAGUACUGUAGCGUAAAACCGCAUGUGAACCAGUCCGAAUUUCAUCCAUGGUACAAUCCCGUUGAACUGCGGACCUUCUGCGAAGAUAACGACAUUUUAUAUGCGGGUUAUUGUCCGAUAGCCAAAGGGAAAUUUCUCGAUUCGGAUGUAUUGCUCCGGCUUAGCUCGAAAUACAACAAGACACCGGCUCAAAUCUGCCUCAGAUGGUCUCUCGAACACGGCGUUCCCGUGAUUCCAAAAAGCAAAGAAAAGCAUCGGAUUUUGGAAAACAAAAAUGUGAGUCAGUAUUCAUCUAGCUCUUAG